AUGAUUCUCCUGUCAUUGUGCUUCACAGCAGCGGCUCUGGUGCAGUUGAAGACUUCAGCUGACGAACAAGCUGCUAAAGAAGACGUUAUUCAAGCAGAGAGGUAUUGGCAAGCCCCAAGCAACUCUAUUAUCAAUGUAUCUGCAUUUGGAAGGGAGUUCCAUCUUAGACUGAGGCCUAACACUCAUCUAAUAGCUCCUGGAGCUGUGGUGGAGUGGUACGAAGACUCUGUGGAAACAAGAAAUGGAACGGAUGGCGUUGGCCUAGGUCAGAGUGGCACUGUCACCGAAAGAAUAUGGAAAAAAGAAUCAUUAUCGACCGACUGUGCUUACGUUGGAGAUCUUGUGGAUAUCCCAAGUGCUUCAGUUGCUAUUAGCAACUGCGAUGGUCUGGCUGGAAUGAUCAAAGUGGGUGAAGAUGAAUAUUUCAUUGAGCCAUUGGAGAAAGGGAAACAAAUGGAUGAAGAGAGAGGGAGGAGUCACAUGGUCUAUAGGAGGUCGGCCAUUGCACAAGAUCCAGGAGAUAUACUCCCUGACAUCCUCAGUGAAGAAUCUGGCCUUGGGGGUCGUCCUAGUCUCGACUCUAUGUAUGCAAGCGUAGAGCAGCGGCUGAACGAGACGCUGAGGCAGCGCCGGAAUGCCGGGGACAAUCACUACAACAUCGAGGUGCUUCUGGGAGUGGAUGAUUCCGUCGUCCGAUUCCAUGGCAAAGAACACGUUCAGAACUACCUCCUCACCCUGAUGAAUAUAGUGAAUGAAAUUUACCAGGAUGAAUCCCUGGGGGUCCACAUAAACGUUGUUCUGGUUCGCAUGAUGAUGUUGGGCUACACCAAGUCCAUCAGCCUUAUUGAACGAGGAAAUCCAUCCCGGAGCCUGGAGAACGUUUGCCGCUGGGCAUAUCAGCAACAGAAAGCAGACUCCAGCCACUCGGAGCACCAUGACCAUGCCAUAUUCCUAACCAGGCAAGAUUUUGGACCAGCCGGAAUGCAAGGCUAUGCUCCAGUAACAGGCAUGUGCCAUCCUGUCAGAAGCUGCACUCUUAACCAUGAAGAUGGAUUUUCUUCAGCUUUUGUGGUCGCCCAUGAAACUGGCCACGUGUUGGGAAUGGAGCAUGAUGGACAAGGGAACCGGUGUGGGGAUGAGACAGCGAUGGGGAGUGUCAUGGCUCCCUUGGUGCAAGCGGCGUUCCAUCGAUACCACUGGUCCCGAUGCAGUGGCCAAGAAGUCAAAAGAUACAUACACUCCUAUGACUGCCUCCUUGAUGAUCCCUUUGAACACGACUGGCCCAAACUUCCUGACCUGCCGGGGAUCAAUUAUUCCAUGGAUGAACAGUGCCGUUUUGAUUUUGGAGUGGGCUACAAAAUGUGCACAGCGUUCCGAACUUUCGACCCAUGUAAACAGUUGUGGUGCAGCCAUCCGGACAACCCCUAUUUCUGCAAGACAAAGAAGGGGCCCCCACUGGACGGAACAGAAUGUGCACCCAGUAAAUGGUGCUACAAAGGUCACUGCAUGUGGAAAAACACCAACCAGCUAAAGCAAGAUGGCAGCUGGGGAGCCUGGACGAAAUUCGGCUCCUGCUCUCGGACAUGCGGAACCGGCGUUCGCUUCAGAACGAGACUGUGCAACAAUCCUGCGCCUCUUAACGGGGGUCAGGACUGUGCCGGCGUCAACUUUGAGUACCAGCUGUGCAACAUGGAGGAAUGUCCAAAGCAUCACGAAGACUUCCGAGCCCAGCAGUGUCAACAACGCAACUCACAUUUUGAGUACCAGAGCAGUAAACACCACUGGCUGCCUUAUGAACAUCCUGAUGCUACCAAAAGAUGCCAACUCUACUGCCAGUCCAGAGAGACAGGAGAUGUUGCCUACAUGAAACAACUCACCCAUGAUGGGACUCGCUGUUCAUACAAAGACCCCUUCAGCAUCUGUGUGCGUGGGGAGUGUGUGAAAGUGGGCUGUGACAAGGAAAUCGGGUCCAACAAAGCUGAAGACAAGUGUGGAGUAUGCGGGGGAGAUAACUCUCACUGCCGGACGAUCAAAGGGACCUUCACUAGAAUCCCUAAGAAACCUGGCUACCUUAAGAUGUUUGACAUCCCUCCGGGUGCUAGACAUGUGUCUGUCCAAGAAGACGAGGCUACCCCUCACAUUCUUGCUGUUAAGAACCAGGCAACGGGUCACUAUAUUUUGAAUGGCAAAGGAGAGGGAUCUGGCUCUCGUUCCUUCAUUGAUCUUGGCUUAGAGUGGGAGUACCACAUAGAAGAUGACAUAGAAACCCUUCAGACGGAUGGGCCAUUGUAUGAUGCUAUUGUUGUGUUGAUCAUUCCUCGGGACAACGUCACACAGUCGAGCCUGACAUACAAAUACAUAAUCCAUGAGGAUUCGGUCCCCAAUGUCAACAGCAACAAUGUACUUCAAGAGGACCUGGAUACGUUUGAGUGGGCUUUGAAGAGUUGGUCCCAGUGUUCCAAGCCUUGUGGAGGAGGUUUCCAAGACACCAAGUAUGGGUGCCGCAGGAAGAGUGACAGCAAAAUGGUACACCGCAGCUUCUGUGAAGCCAGCAAAAAACCCAAGCCCAUUCGUAGGAUGUGCAACCUUCAGGAAUGUACGCAGCCAUUCUGGAUAUCAGAAGAAUGGGAGCACUGCACCAAAACCUGUGGGACCUCUGGUUAUCAGAUCCGAACCGUGCGCUGCAUCCAGCCUCUCCACGAUGGUGCAAAUCGCUCCGUCCAUUUCAAGUAUUGUAGCGGGGAUCGCCCCGAGAGCCGUCGGCCAUGCAACAGGACGCCGUGCCCUGCUCAGUGGAAAACCUGGCCAUGGAGUCCAUGUUCUGUGACCUGUGGUGAAGGAACAGAGUCCAGGCAAGUCUUAUGCCGUGCCGGCGACCAGUGCAAUGGAGAGAAGCCAGAAUCCAUGAGGGUUUGCAAGCUCGCCCCCUGCAACGACGAACCGUGCCUGGGCGACAAAUCUAUCUUCUGCCAAAUGGAAGUGCUCUCCCGGUACUGCUCCAUCCCGGGCUACAAGAAGCUCUGCUGUGAGUCUUGCGGCAAACGUAGCAGCACCCUCCCGCCACCUUACCUUAGCGAAGCUGCCGAGACCCAAGAUGGCGUGAUGACCAACCCUGGCAACCUCCCCAAGACCUUGGCUUCUCCGACGUCUUCAGUCCCUCCUCGCUCUGAGAGGCGCGGUUCUUUGGGCAGGAUGUCCUUGGCAGAAGAGGACAGGCAUUCCCUGAUCCCCAAUGCCUAUGGAAGGGCCAGGGUUGCCAGUCCACCUCAGCGGAGAGUUCAAAGCCAAGCGAGGAACAAGACUUCCGGGCCGGUUGCAAUGCCGUUACAACUGCCAACCAUAAGUGGGCACCUUGCGACCCACACAUCUUCAGCCUUGUUAGAUAUUGGUCCAGCUGUGACACAGAACAGCAGUUCAGCUGGCGUCCUUUCUCCAUAUAGACCCUCCAAGAAAAAUGAGAAGCAAGCGGACAGGCGGCAACCUCCGAGGCCUUCCACUGUGGAAAGAUGAAACUUAGAAAUAAAAAAGGGGGGGGUGGGAGAUACCUAAAGUGGAGAAUGUGUCUCCUUGCUUUGUUUGGAGUACGGUGGUGCAUGCAAACCCUUCUAACACAGAACGUUCAACAAGUCAACCGCAGAAAAGGAGGUAGGGGGAAAAGUGCUGGCUCACUUUCCAGUGACAUCCAUCCUUCACUCAGUUCCUCCUCUUCUUCCUCCUCU